AUGUUCCCCGAAUUAGCCGUCUCCCUCUCAGGCCUGGAACCGCACUGUCUCUACUCUCUCUGUGUCCAGGCCGUUCCUGAGGGCGAAAGCCGUUACAAGUGGCGUAACGGGACAUGGAGUCCGAGUGGUCGAUCUGAGCCGGGACCACCAACACAUCUCUACAUUCACCCAGAAUCUCCUGCUCCUGGUCAUCGCUGGAUGGAUAAACCCGUCAAUUUCAGUAAAAUCAGGCUGACUAACAAUACCCUGAGCCAGAACGGGCAGGUGAGAACCAAUUAAAUGGCUCCCUUUUACCAACCUUCCACAUUCAACUCUGCAAACUACUAUUUAUAAUGCUGGUUAUAAACAGUAUCACCUCCAAUUAAUUCUAAACUCACACCUGUUACUAAAAAAGGUUCCUUCAUUGGUUCCUCUGAUGAAGUUACUUAAAAAUUACCAUUCUAGCUGUAUCCUACACACUCCUUAUAACGUAUUUCCCAUAAUGCAUCAUAUCUCCCAGAAUUCCCCAUUCUAGCUGUAUCCUACACGCUCCUUAUAACGUAUUGUAUCUCUUAUAACAAAUUGUAUCUCCCAGAAUUCCCCAUUCUAGCCGUAUCGGACACGCCCCUUAUAACGUAUUUCCCAGAAUUCCCCAUUCUAGCCGUAUCGGACACGCUCCUUAUAACGUAUUUCCCAGAAUUCGCCAUUCUAGCCGUAUCGGACACGCUCCUUAUAACUUAUCUCCCAGAAUUCCCCAUUCUAGCCGGAUCGUACAUGCUCCUUAUAACGUAUCACCCAGAAUUUCCUUCUAGCCGGAUGAUACACACUCCUUAUAACGUAUUUCCCAGAAUUCCCAUUCUAGCCGUACCGUACACGCUCCUUAUAACGUAUUUCCCAGAAUUCCCAUUCUAGCCGUACCGUACACGCUCCUUAUAACGUAUCUCCCAGAAUUCCCUUCUAGCCGUACCGUACACGCUCCUUAUAACGUAUCUCCCAGAAUUCCCUUCUAGCCGUAUUGUACACGCUCAUUAUAAUGUAUCUCCCAGAAUUCCCUUCUAGCUGUACCGUACAUGCUCCUUAUAACGCAUCGUAUCUCCCAGAAUUCCCUUCUAGCCGCACCGUAUAUGCUCCUUAUAACGCAUUGUAUCUCCCAGAAUUCCCUUCCAGUCGUAUCGUACACGCUCAUUAUAAUGUAUUUCCCAGAAUGACCUUCUAGCCAUAUUGUACACGCUCCUUAUUACGCAUCGUAUCUCCCAGAAUUCCCUUCUAGCCGUACCGUACAUGCUCCUUAUAACGCAUCGUAUCUCCCAGAAUUCCCUUCCAAUCGUAUCGUACACGCUCAUUAUAAUGUAUUUCCCAGAAUGACCUUCUAGCCAUAUUGUACACGCUCCUUAUUACGCAUCGUAUCUCCCAGAAUUCCCUUCUAGCCGUACCGUACAUGCUCCUUAUAACGUCUCAUUCACAUUCCGUAUCCAGUGUCUCUUUCCCGCAAACAUCCUUCAUCGCGGUCACCAGCUACCAGAACCCCAGGGUAAGAGUCGAAUAUUUUUUACAAGAUUGGAUUUACUCCAGGGGUUCAUAGGGAGUUGGAAAAUGCAACCAGUUUGCAAAAUCAGGCCCCGUUAGAAGUUGGGGAACAAAAUCCAAUCUGACUGUGUCAAAAAUGUUUUAAAAUUUUUAUUUUUCUCAACAUUUUGCAAAGAGGGUGCACAAAUCCCAUUUCUGUAAACAGACACCCUAGAGACUGGCUAGUACUUCUAACAUUAGAUCAUUUUCUACACUUGAUGAUCAUGACUUGUGUCUGCUUUCAAACAGCUGUCUGUGCUGAAAAUCGAGGAGAAUCCAUUUGCAAAAGGAAUAAAAUAUUUUAAAAACCAGCAGGAGAGGUACGUGUGUUUAAAUGGAGGGGAGAGGGGGUUCAUAUUUAGUGUUUAUGGUUGUCAGGGCUUUAAAAUAUCCACAUGAAGAAUCAGAUUUAUUUCCUUUCAUUCUAAUAGAGCUGCAAACAAGAGACCUUUCUGUUCAUGGCAGGACUGCGGUGAAAGCACAAAUGGUCUGUACCCCCAAACCCCAUCCUAUUACCCCAUGUACCCCCAACCCCCAUCCUAUUAACCCAUGUACCCCCAACCCCCAUCCUAUUAACCCAUGUACCCCCACACCCCAUCCUAUUACCCCAUGUACCCACACCCCCCAUCCUAUUACCCCAUGUACCCCCACCCCCCAUCCAUUACCCCAUGUACCCCCACCCCCAUCCCUAUUACCUCAUGUACACCCACCCCCAUCCCUAUUACCCAUGUACCCCAUUCUAUUAUUUACCCCCUGUAAUGCCCUGUACCCCCCAUUCUAUUAUUUACCCCGUGUAAUGCCCUGUACCCCCCAUUCUAUUAUUUACCCCAUGUAAUGCCCUGUACCGCCCAUUCUAUUAUUUACCCUAUGUAAUGCCCUGUACCUCCCAUUCUAUUAUUUACCCUAUGUAAUGCCUUGUACCCCCCAUUCUAUUAUUUACCCAAUGUAUUGCACUGUACCCCCAUUCUAUUAUUUACCCCGUGUAAUGCCUUGUACCCCCCACUCUAUUACUUACCGCAUGUAAUGCCUUGUACCCCCAUUCUAUUAUUUACCCUAUGUAAUGCCUUGUACCCCCAUUCUAUUAUUUACCCUAUGUAAUGCCUUGUACCCCCAUUCUAUUAUUUACCCCAUGUAAUGCCCUGUACCCCCAUUCUAUUAUUUACUCAGUGUAAUGCCCUGUACCCCCCCACUCUAUUAUUUACCCAGUGUAAUGCCUUGUACCCCCCACUCUAUUAUUUACCCCAUGUAAUGCUUUGUACCCCCCACUCUAUUAUUCACCCCAUGUAAUGCCCUGUACCCCCAUUCUAUUAUUUACCCUAUGUAAUGCCCUGUACCUCCAUUCUAUUAUUUACCCUAUGUAAUGCCCUGUACCCCCUAUUCUAUUAUUUACCCAAUGUAUUGCCCUGUACCCCCAUUCUAUUAUUUACCCCAUGUAAUGCCCUGUACCCCCCAUUCUAUUAUUUACCCUAUGUAAUGCCCUGUACCCCCCAUUCUAUUAUUUACCCUAUGUAAUGCCCUGUACCCUGCAUUCUAUUAUUUACCCUAUGUAAUGCCCUGUACCCCCCAUUCUAUUAUUUACCCUGGUGUAAUGCCAUGUACCCCCCCCAUUAUAUUAUUUACCCCGGUGUAAUGCCAUGUACCCCCCCCAUUCUAUUAUUUACCCUGGUGUAAUGCCAUGUACCCCCCCCAUUAUAUUAUUUACCCCGGUGUAAUGCCAUGUACCCCCCCCAUUAUAUUAUUGCAGUGUAAUGCCAUGUACCCCCCCCAUUAUAUUAUUUACCCCGGUGUAAUGCCAUGUACCCCCCCCAUUAUAUUAUUUACCCCAGUGUAAUGCCAUGUACCCCUCACAUUAUAUAACUCUGUAUUUACCCCACUGUGUCUCUCUGUACACCCAUAUUAUAUAUGUCUAUAUACCCCAGUAUAUUUCCUUUAUAUUAAUCUUUAAUUAUCCCAAUCUAGAUACAAUCCCCAUGUAUUGCAUGUAAUUACCUACUGUGACGAAAGGUGCACCUACCAAAGUAUAAAUGUCUAUUUAUCACCUACAAUCUUUCAAGAGAAUUCCAAGUUUUAGACCAAAAUGGAAAAUUAAGUGAAUUUUCCUGUUCAGCUGUUUUUUGUCUGAAUAAAUUGCCAUUUGCCCCAAUAACUCCCGCCAUUUAUACUUUCUCUAUAGCUGGGUCUCUAUUGGAAUUAGAUGUAAAAUCUUUCUUCAUUUUCUACUUCUGACAAGAGUUUCUCUUCUGUGUUUUAGAGAGAAAACAAGUUAAAGAGAGUACACAGCACUGCUUAACCAUCUGUGGAGACAGCAGGCAGGUGAGACAGCUAGACACAGACAGCCAGCAGGAGAGACAGCUAUACACAGACAGCCGGCAGGCGAGACAUCUAGGCACAGACAGCAGGCAGGAGAGACAGCAAGACACAGACAGCAGGCAGGUGAGACAGCUAGACACAGACAGCCAGCAGGAGAGACAGCUAGACACAGACAGCCGACAGGCGAGACAGCUAGAUACAGACAGCGAGCAGGAGAGACAGCUAGACACAGCCAGCCAGCAGGAGAGACAGCAAUACACAGACAGCAGGAAGGCGAGACAGCUAGACACAAACAGCCAGCAGGAGAGACAGCAAUACACAGACAGCAGGCAGGCAAGACAGCUAGACACAGAAAGCCAGCAGGAGAGACAGCUAGACACAGACAGCAGGCAGGAGAGACAGCUAGACACAGCCAGCCAGCAGGAGAGACAGCAAUACACAGACAACAGGCAGGCGAGACAGCUAGACACAGAGAGCCAGCAGGAGAGACAGCUAGACACAGACAGCAGGCAGGAGAGACAGCUAGACACAGACAGCAGGCAGGAGAGAGAGCUAGACACAGACAGCAAUCAUGAGAGACAAAUAGACAUAGAUAGCAAGCAGGAGAAACAGCUAGACUUGGGAGUGAGCAGCCAUGAGAGACAGCUUGACACAGACAGCAGAUGGGAGAGACAGCUAGACACAGGAGACAUCAGACAUAAAAGACAGCUGCAAUCACUAGACAGCAGGCAAGAGAGACAGCUAGAAAUGGGAGACACCAAAAAGAGACAGACAGAACUGAGAGACAGUAGGCAAGACAGACAGCUGAAUCUUGGAGACAGGAGGCAGGAGUCACAGAGUAAAGAUGUGAGUGCUCCAGCAGUGGAUUCCACAGAGACUGGAGAUGCCAGAGAUUUGAUGGCAAAUAAAAGUUUUUCAACAAAGGUAGAAUGGUCACCAGGACUGGAAAGAGCUGUGCAGCACGCACCACCAACACACAGACAGCUUUGGGGGUCCCCAACUGCCGUGUCCCCACUGCCAACACCACCCUACUCUCCAUCCCACUGUGUAAUGGGCCAGAGGUCAGUACCCACACUGUGUCUUCCAACUGUACGAACACGGUGUCUGCCAACUGUACCCACGCUGUCUGCCAAAUGUACUAACACUGUGUGUACCAACUGUACCCACACUGUGUCUACCAACUGUACCAACACUGUGUCUGCCAAAUGUACUAACACUGUGUGUAUGAACUGUACCCACGCUGUCUGCCAAAUGUACUAACACUGUGUGUACCAACUGUACCCACACUGUGUCUACCAACACUGUGUCUGCCAAAUGUACUAACACUGUGUGUACCAACUGUACCCACACUGUCUGCCAACUGUACCAACACUGUGUCUGCCAAAUGUACUAACACUAUGUCUGCCAACUGUACCCACACUGUGUCUGCCAACUGUACCCACACUGUGUCUGACUGUAUACUGUACCCACACUGUCUGCCAACUGUACCCACACUGUGAAUGUAUACUGUUCCCACACUGUAUCCGCCAAUUGUACCCACACUGUCCGUCAACUGUGUCCGUCUGUAUACUGUAUCCACACUGUGUCUGCCUGUAUACUGUACUUACACUAUAUCCCCCUGUAUAGUGUACCCACACUGUGUCUGCCUGUAUACUGUACCCACACUGUGUCUGUCAACUGUACCCACACUGUGUCUGCCUGUAUACUGUACUCACACUGUAUCUGCCUGUAUACCGUCCCCACACUGUGUGUGUUACACAAAAUAAUAUAUUCCUUCCUGUGUGUGUCUCUAUAUCCCUGGCUGUGUGUGUCGGUGUCUAUAUUUCUGGCUGUGUGUGUCAGUGUCUAUAUUCCUUGCUGUGUGUGUCUCUAUAUCCCUGGCUGUGUGUGUCAGUGUCUAUAUUCCUUGCUGUGUGUGUCAGUCUCUAUAUUCAUUGCUGUGUGUGUCUCUAUAUCCCUGGCUGUGUGUGUCAGUGUCUAUAUUUCUGGCUGUGUGUAUCAGUGUCUAUAUUCCUUGCUGUGUGUGUCUCUAUAUCUCUGGCUGUGUUUGUCAGUGUCUAUAUUUCUGGCUGUGUGUGUCAGUGUCUAUAUUCCUUGCUGUGUGUGUCUCUAUAUUCCUGGCUGUGUGUGUCAGUGUCUAUAUUCCUGGCUGUGUGUGUCAGUCUCUAUAUUCCUUGCUGUGUGUGUCUCUAUAUCCCUGGCUGUGUGUGUCACUGUCUAUAUUUCUGGCUGUGUGUGUCAGUGUGUAUAUUCCUUGCUGUGUGUGUGUCUAUAUCGCUGGCGGUGUGUGUCAGUGUCUAUAUUCCUGGCUGUGUGUGUCAGUGUCUAUAUACCUGGUUGUGUGUGUCUGUGUCUAUUUCCCUGGCUGUGUGUGUCAGUGUCUAUAUCCCUGGCUGUGUGUGUCAGUGUCUAUAUCCCUGGCUGUGUGUGUCAGUGUCUAUAUUUCUGGCUGUGUGUGUCAGUCUCUAUAUCCCUGGCUGUGUGUGUCAGUGUCUAUAUUUCUGGCUGUGUGUGUCAGUCUCUAUAUCCCUGGCUGUGUCAGUGCUUUUUGUGUGACUCUCUUAUAAUUUCCCUUUACAGAUUUGCCUUUCCAUACCACACCGGUUUUGCUGCCCCAGUCUCCAGUAUGCCACAAGUGUCUCCCAGCAGCCCAUUUCUGCUCAGUCCAUGGACCCCUCCUCCCAUUAGACUAAGCUCAAAUCUUUCUGCACUUCACCCCCCAGUCUUCCAGGAGCUGAUCCCCCCAUCCUGGUUCUUUCCCCCACACCCAGCCUGCAGGGGCCUGUGA